AUGAGCUAUUCAGAAAAGCAUAAAAGAAACACUUCUCCAAUCAUACGAGCUACAAGUGAGGAUAGAAUUAAAUAAAAUUCAUCAAAGGAGAGCAAUAUUCUAUGUCUGGAGUAGCAAAUAGGAAAAGUUUAACAGUAAUUAAAUAAUAAAUAUGAAGAUAGAAUGAGAUUUGUUGAAGAAACUAUCUAAGAGCAUGAGGAGAAAUUUGAAAAUUUCAUCAAAUUAAUUAAGUUACUUUAACACUUUGCUACAACACAAGAACAAGAAAAUAAAAAUAUAAGAAAUCAUAUUAAUGUAUCAAUGGAAUAGUUAUACGAUGAAGAACUUAAUUAGUUAAAGGAUUAGUAUCUUAAUAUUGAAUAAUCACUUUCUCAAAUUCAGAAUUCUUUGAGCAAAGAUUAACCUUAAAUUUAAGAAUUUGAAACCAUUAUUAAUAAAAAAAUUGAUGUAAUUAUGGAGGAGGUUCGAUAAAGUGCUUUAAAAACAGAUUAUUAAAAAAUUGAUUAUAGAUUAUAGAGAUUAGAAUAGAAUUUUAAAUAGGAAUAAAGUUAAAAGAGUAAUGAUUCUGAUAGAAUUUUAAGUAAUAGUUUGGUAUAUCAAAAUUAAUUAAACGAUCUGAAAAUUGUUUUAGAUAGUGUCAUAGAAGAUUAGGAAUAAACAAAAAUUUAUAUAAAAUAAAUUGAACGUGAUUUAAUCACAUCUAAAUAAAAGGAAAAAUAAAGUUAAAUACGAUCCUCUGUAACAAAGGAAUCUCAGCAAACUGAGACUGACAUGAGACCGAUCAGAGAUUUUAAAGAAAAUGUCAAAAACAGAGAAAAUAAAAGAAAUAAGAGUAAAUCUAGUCAAAGUAGAAGUGAAUCUAGAAAUGCAAGGUUAGAAACAAUUAAAAAAAAAAAGUAAGAAAACGUUAAAGAAUUAAUUAAAAAACAUAAAUAAUAAUCAACUAAACAAUAUUGA